GCACCCGCUAUUCCGGGGCAAGGCCCAGGAUAAAUUCCUGGAAUUAGCUUAUUUUAGUUAUCAGUGGGGGAAGCUGUGGCCGAACCACGUCCACGACCGGGGUCCGUCAUGGCCGGCGAGCGUACCCUGGAGGAGGCCCGGAGGGUCAUCCGGGAAACGCCAGCGGGU